AAACUGAAGAGGAUGCCAAAUUAUGUCGAUUCAUCGUCAAAUACACAUUAUUCUGGACAAUCCUCACGCCAUAUAAAUUAUAUGUUUAUGAGCCAAACACCUGGUUCUUUUGUUCCUGCUACAACCUUUGAGUCUACCGUAUCGUCAAAUAGGUAUAUAACAGGUCAAAAUGCUAUGGAUGGUCCUGUUGUAUUAGAACAAGUUCCAAUGGAGUCUGCUGUUUUGCCUAGACCGCCUGAUUGUGUAUAUUGUGGUGCUAAGAAAAUUUUUCAUGAAACUUCAUAUAUGUGCUGCAUGAAUAGUAGUGUUGAAUUAAGCAAUAAUCCUCCACCAUCUUUGUUGCGAGAUUUGUUUGAUUCAAAUUCUGGAGAAGCUAUUUUAUUAAGGAAUUGUAUUAGAACAAUUAACAAUCGUUAUGCAUUUACAUCAAUGGGUAUACAAUGUCAACUAUAUCAUUAUAUUAACGACAUAGAGAAUUCUUAUAACUUGCAGCUAUAUUUUCAUGACACUGAUGAGCAGGUCGUAAAACGCUUGCAAGCAUGUCCAAGAUUAACAGAGGCAUUAAUGAAAAAAAUAAUAAUAAUGCUUCAGGAGAACCCAUAUGCACAAUUCUUAAAGCGUCUGCGUGAAAUGAGCAAUUUGCAUGAAUAUUUUAUAGUUUUGCGAUCUCUAUCUAAUAAAGUAUUCAAUAAACCUGAUGUAUCAAAAGUAAUUGCAUUGUGGAUUGAGGGUGUAGAAAAUGGAGAAAUAAAUAAAAGGGAUAUAAGAGUAUUUACUCGUGGUGGGGCGACGCGCAAUAUAGAAUAUUAUUAUGGCUGUUAUGAUCCUCUUCAGUAUCCAAUUUUGUUCCCAUUCGGUGAAGUGGGUUGGCAUGAGGGUAUUCCUAAAAAAAACCAAAGUCAAGCCUCUGGCAGUCAAAUGAGACAAGAAAAUGUAGGAAUUUCUAUAUCGCCUAAUUUGGCAAAUGAUGUGGAAGAAUUGUUAGAUAUGGAAUGCUCAGCUGCAUUACUUGGGAAAAAGGGUGAGAAUUUGUUUCUGUUAGGGAAUAUUAUGCAUAUAAUUUCCGAUGAGGGAAAACGUGGAACUAAUUUUGCUUAG